AUGCCCUGUCUCGUACCUUUUAUUGGAUUAUUAUUCCUGUCUCUUGCCAAAUCCCAUGAUUUGUUUCUCGGCUUCCCGGACGUCUCAUCGAAACUGAUUUAUAGUAAAGUUCUCCAGGAAAACCCGGCUAUUUGGGUGAGAUCGGAGACUAUUACAGUGAAUUGCUCGCGAAACGAAGUUAUCAACGCCAUCAAGGUCCUGGAUCUACGACAAGACAAAUGGGGCGAAUGCUACAUCAAGGGGGGCGGAAUUGGAGAGAAAUACGUGAAGAUCGAACUUGACAGUCCGAGUGUAUUCCGCGGAUACAACUUUUGGGUGGAGGUGUACGCCAUCGAGACAAAUAACUUCCUUUACAACCACGGGAAGAAA